GUGGCUCUUUGGUGCAGGACUCUGACAAGCCGAGCAGCAGCAUGGUAGAUAUCCAGUGUCUGCUAGACGGUGAGGGAGCCUCAGAGCUGGUCAUAGACCUUAUCGUCAGCACCAAGAACGACCGCAUGUUCGAGGAGAGCAUCCUGCUAGGCAACGCCCUGCUCCAGGGGGGAAACACUCAGAUACAGGUGGGUGGGGAGGAGGUGAAGGUUGAAGGGCACACUCACUCACACACACACAGGUGGGUGGAUGCACACUCACGGCAAUCAGAUGGUUUAGUUAAACGUGCACACACACCCAGACACACACUCCGAUACCAGUGUUUAUCUUCUAUCUGAGGGGUUCCCAAACUUUUUCACUCAGGACCUGUUUCCAGCAUUGAGGAACAUCCCACCCCCUCCCCCGCACGCACGCACAUGCGCCACGUCGAUUUCAAUGGGCACAAGCACAGUUCAUGACACAAACUGUUCACACCCCUUUUGUUGGCUGAGAGAAAAUGUUGCCGUUUUUUAAAGCUAAUUUCCUGCAAUUCUACACAUUUUGCCAUGUCUUAUGUGUAUUCAUGUCAUAUUUGAGUGACUCAAACAUUAUAACAAAAUCUACGGGUUAAAAAACCAAGCUAAAAAACUUUAGCUGACAUGGGCUAGUUGAUCUGGACAUUUCUGACAAGCUUUCGAAGUUAUGCAAUGACUGAUAUGACAAGAGGAAAACUAAUGAUGCACUACCCAAUUUUGCACUUUGUGCAUUCUACUAGUACAACUUUCAAGAGUAAUUUGAAAGCCCCAUAGUUUGGGAACCACUGUUCUAUCUAAUGGUCGAUUACACUUCUUCCCCCUUCAGAACUCAUUCUACCACCAGCUGCACAAGCAGAAGAAGUCGGAGCACUUCUUCAAGGUGUUCUACGACCGCAUGCGUCUGGCCCAGCAGGAGAUCCGGGCCACUGUGUCCGUCAACAUGUUCGAGGUCAGCACCUGCAGGAAGAGAGACGAGGACGUCGACGUCAGUCACAGUGGCAUCCGGCUCAGGAGAACACGUAUGUUCUAAUUCUGUCUCCAUAGAAAUAGAAUGACUGGAACUGACAUUCUCUUUCAAGUCGUCGUUGUUGCAUGAUGGGUGGGACGGCGGCCAUAUUGAGUGUCCCCACAAGUGUACUUUCAAAUUGCCCUGGUCUGGCCUAGUGUUGCACGGUAUACCAAAACAUCGGUACGUUUUCGAUACUAGAACAUGAAAAACAGUUUGGUAGUAGAAUUUGUUACUUUCGGUACUUCUGUCAAAUAAGAUGCAGCGCACACUUAUAUAAAAUAAGAGGUUGCUUCUUCUAUGCAAAUGUUUUUCAUCAGUACAAUAAAAUAAAUCCCAAAUGUUUUUAAUCUAUAGCCCCAUGAAAUCAGCCAAAACAAGCUCAAUAACUCAAUGCAUGCACACACUCCUAUUGAAUAUGCAUUCACCUGUAUUGUGAAUAGGGCUGGGCUACAUCUUGAUUUACCCAGUUAAUCAAUAGAGAUUUACCAUUCAAAUAAAUGAUUAGCAUUAUAUUAUAUUUUAUAUUUAUAUUAUAUUUUGUCAUUUAGCAGACGCUCUUAUCCAGAGCGACUUACAGGAGCAAUUAGGGUUAAGUGCCUUGCUCAAGGGCACAUCGACAGAUUUUUUCACCUAGUCAGCUCGGGGAUUAGAACCAGCGACCUUUCGGUUACUGGCACAACGCUCUUACCCACUAAGCUACCUUCCGCCAUAUGUUGUUAUGUAGUUUGGUAAAAACAAUGUCAAAUUGAUUGUAUAGUUGAUUCAUUAAUGUAUACAUGGCUGUCUCUGAAAUAUUUACCUAAAAUGUAAUGAUAUUGAUCUCAAAAGAUUGUCUGGAUCAAUUGCCAUUCGGUGACUUUGGCUAAUACGGCUAGAUUUUUAUUGUCGUGGUAUCAUUUUGGUAUCGAGUAUCGUGAUGGCGUCUAGCAUUGUGAUACUAAGCCUGGUGUCUAUAUCGAAGUCAAAAUUCUGGUAUCAUGACAACACUACUCUGGCCAUACUAAUAAUUUGAUUUAAAUGGUCCUCUCCUCCAUACCCCAUACUUGGUUCCAUUAAGCAUCUGUACUUAUGUGUUCUGAUGUAUACCUGUGUGUCUGGAAUGUUUUGUCUGUGUCUGCUUUUGGUGGAAAACUCAAUUUCCCCUCUGGGGGUCAAUAACAUUUAUUCGGUUCCAAUACCUGUUCUCCAUUUAGUUCCUCAGCUGCAGUCUUUCCCCUCCUUACUGGCCUUCCCCUUGUUUCAUGGGAGAACAAGUCCAGACAUGUUGUCUGUGAAGCAGCAGAUAUUGUAAAAUGUCCACUGUCCAGCGCUCCACAGACUGAAGAAUCAGAGGUGUGGAAGGUUGAGUGAAUUAAAUAGCAAGGGACCAGGGAGGAGUGUGGGAGGUGGAGAGGGAGCUAAGUUUCAAAGCUGCUGAGUCAUAGGGUCAUGCCCUGAACAUGACCAUAGAAGUCUCCAUGGAGACGAUGGGGCUUAGGCCACUGAGAUCAGAAAAGGGCUCUCAAUGCAGACAUACAGAUAAUAGGCCUUGAGUGUGAAUUUGAGUAGUAUGUAAUAUUGUUUAAUACUGUAAUAUACAGUAGGAGUAAAACUGUGUAGUAUAUGCAUUGUUUUUCAAAGGUUUACAACUCCAGCCAGGACUACAUAGUAAUAGGAAGGGACUCAUAAGGUCAAAGGUUGCUUCCAUUUCUCUCUUUGCUGACAUCAGACUCCAGGUGCCCAGUUGAUCCCUCUUGGCAGGGUAAUUUACCCAUUUAAUCAGCAGUGUGACUACAGUAAAUGUAAUAUGUGUGAUUUCCCCUGUAGUAUCACUGACCCAGUAGUCUGGGGUGAUUCUGUGGUUGUGUUGUUCCUGUUUCGCCCCCAUGCCUGCGGUCACAUGUCAGGGGCCAUGUGAGGGGUCACAUCAAAUCAAACUUUAUUUGUCACAUGCGCCAAAUAAGGUGUAGACCUUACCGUGAAAUGCUUACUUACAAGCCCUUAACCAACAAUGCAGUUCAAGAAAGAGUUAAGAAAAUAUUUACCAAAUAAACUAAAGUAAAAAUAAGUAACACAAUAAAAUAACAAUAACGAGGAUAUAUACAGGGGGUACCGGUACCGAGUCAAUGUGCGGGGGUACAGGUUAGUCGAGGUAAUUUGUACAUGUAGGUAGGGGUAAAGUGACUAUGCAUAGAUAAUAGACAGCGGGUAACAGAAGUGUAAUUAUUUUUUUGAUAUGUAAAUAGUCUGGGUGGCCAUUUUAUUAAUUGUUCAGCAGUCUUGUGGCUUGGGGGUAGAAGCUGUUAAGGAGCCUAUUGAUCCUAGACUUGGUGCUCCUGUACCGCUUGCCGUGCGGUAGCAGAGACAACAGUCUAUGACUUGGGUGACUGGAGUCUUUGACAGUUUUUUGGGCUUUCCUCUGACACGCCUAGUAUAUAGGUCCUGGAUGGCAGGAAGCUUGGCCCCAGUGAUGUACUGGGCCGUACGCACUACCCUCUGUAGUGCCUUGCGGUCAGAUGCCGAGCAGUUGCCAUACCAGGCGUGAUGCAACCGGUCAGGAUGCUCUCGAUGGUGAAGCUGUAGAACUUUUUCAGGAUCUGGGGACCCAUGCCAAAUCUUUUCAGUCUCCUGAGGGGGAAACGGUGUUGUCGUGCCCUCUUCACGACUGUCUUGGUGUGUUUGGACCAUGAUAGUUUGUUGGUGAUAUGGACACCAAGGAACUUGAAACUCUCAACCCGCUCCACUACAGCCCCGUCGAUGUUAAUGGGGGCCUGUUCGGCCCGCCUUUUCCUGUAGUCCACGAUCAGCUCCUUUGUCUUGCUCACACUGCCAGGUCUCUGACCUCCCUAUAGGCUGUCUCAUCGUUGUCGGUGAUCAGGCCUACCACUGUUGUGUCGUCAGCAAACUUAAUGAUGGUGUUGGAGUCGUGUUUGGCCACACAGUCGUGGGUGAACGGAGUACUGGAGUGGACUAAGCAUGCACCCCUGAGGGGCCCCAGUGUUGAGGAUCAGCGUGGCAAACGUGUUGUUGCCUACCCUUACCACCUGGGGGCGGCCCAUCAGGAAGUCCAGGAUCCAGUUGCAGAGGGAGGUGUUUAGUCCCAUGGUACUUAGCUUACUGAUGAGCUUUGUGAGCACUAUGGUGUUGAAUGCUGAGCUGUAGUCAAUGAACAGCAUUCUCACAUAUGUGUUCCUUUUGUCCAUUUGGGAAAGGGCAGUGUGGACUGCGAUUGAGAUUGCGUCAUCUGUGAAUCUGUUGGGGCGAUAUGCGAAUUAGAGUGGGUCUAGGGUAUCCGGGAUGAUGCUGUUGAUGUGCGCCAUGACCAGCCUUUCAAAGCACUUCAUGGCUACCGACGUGAGUGCUACGGGGCGGUAAUCAUUUAGGCAGGUUACCUUCGCUUCUUUGGGCACAGGGAAUAUGGUGGUCUGCUUGAAACAUGUAAGUAGUACAGACUCGGGCAGGGAGAGGAUGAAAAUGUCAGUGAAGACACUUGCCAGUUGGUCCGCGCAUGCUUUGAGUACACGUCGUGGUAAUCCGUCUGGUCCCCGCGGCUUUGUGAAUGUUGACCUGUUUAAAGGUCUUGCUCACAUCUGCUUCCGAGAGCGUUAUCACAGUCGUCCGGAACAGCUGGUGCUCUCAUGCAUGCUUCAGUGUUGCUUGCCUCGAAGCGAGCAUAAAAGGCAUUUAGCUCGUCUGGUAGGCUUGCGUCACUGGGCAGCUCGCGGCUGGGUUUCGCUUUGUAGUCCGUAAUAGUUUUCAAGCCCUGCCACAUCCGGCGAGCGUCAGAGCUGCUGUAUUGACACUUUGCCUGUUUGAUGGUUCGUCUGAGGGCGUAGCGGGAUUUCUUAUAAGCGUCCGGAUUAGUGUCCCGCUCCUUGAAAGCAGCAACUCUAGCCUCGAUGCGGAUGUUGCCUGUAAUCCAUGGCUUCUGGUUGGGAUAUGUACGUACGUUCACUGUGGGGACGAUGUCGUCGAUGCACUUAUUGAUGAAGCCGACGACUGAGGUGGUAUACUCCUCAAUGCCAUUGGAUGAAUCCCGGAACAUAUUCCAGUCUCUGCCAGCAAAACAGCCCUGUAGCGUAGCAUCCACGUCAUCUGACCACUUCCAUAUUGAGCGAGUCACUGGUACUUCCUGCUUUUAGAUUUUGCUUGUAAACAGGAAUCAGGGAUAUAAUUAUGGUGAGAUUUGCCAAAUGAAAGGCGAGGGAGAGCUUUGUAUCCAUUUCUGUGUGUGGAGUAAAGGUGGUCUUCUCAUCUGGUUGCACGUGACAUGCUGGUAGAAAUGAGUGCAUUAAAGUCCCCGGCCACAAGGAGCGCCGCUUCUGAAUGUGCAUUUUCUUGUUUGCUUAUGGCCUUAUACAGCUCGUUGAGUGCGGUCUUAGCGCCAGCAUCGGUUUGUGGUGGUAAAUAGACGGCUACGAAUAAUAUACAUGAGAACUCGCUUGGUAGAUCGUGUGGUCUACAGCUUAUCAUAAGGUGAGCAAUACCUCAAGACUUCUUUAACAUUAGACAUUGCGCACCAGCUGUUAUUGACAAAUAGACACACACCCCCGCCCCUCGUCUUACCAGACGUAGAUUCUCUGUCCUGCUGAUGCAUGAAAAAUCCCGCCAGCUCUAUAUUAUCCAUGUCGUCGUUCAGCCACGACUCAGUGAAACAUAAGAUAUUACCGUUUUUAAUAUCCCGUUAUUAGGAUAUUCUUGAUCGUAGAUCAUCCAUUUUGUUUUCCAAUGAUUGCACGUUGGCCAAUAGAACGGAUGGUAGUGGAAGUUUACUCACUCGCCUACGAAUUCUCAGAAGGCAGCCCGACCCCGCCCACUUUUUCUCCAUCUUUUCUUCACGCAAAUGUCGGGGAUUUGGGCCCGUUCCCGAGAAAGCAGUAUAUCCUUCGCGUCGGACUCGUUAGAGGAAAAAAUCUUUGUCCAGUGCGAGGUGAGUAAUCGCUGUUCUGAUGUCCAGAAGUUCUUUUCGGUCAUAAGAGACGGUAGCAGCAACAUUAUCUACACAAUAAGUAAAAAAAAUAAGUUACAAACAAUGCGAAAAACUAACAAAAUAGCACAGUUGGUUAGGAGCAUGUAAAACGACAGCCAUCCACUCCAGCGCCAUUAAAUCCAAAACUAGUCUUUCAAUGGGCCAUUCUACCCAGACGAGUUGUUUUGACCAAAAACCCCAACUACUCAGUUACGGUAAUUUCAGAAUUAUUACAAAGAAGUGUUUGUUUCAUAAGAUUUCAUAUGAGUUUGCUAUCAGUUUCACUGAGAGGGAAGCAUUGAAAAACACUGAUGACAUUCGAUUGGCUCACAGUGAGCUCCAGGGUUGGGGUCAAUUUCAUUUCAAUAUAACCAUAUCAGGUCAGGAAGUGUAUUGCAAUUCAAGUGAUGACAUAAUCGAAGAAAUUAUGCAACAUUUUCAUAUCAUGAAUUGUAAUUCCACUUCAAAAUCAACCUUUAACCCUGGUCCACAGAAAUCCUCGACAUUUCUGGAAAUCCUGUGAAUGUCUAGGAAUGUUUCCAGAAUUUUGCAACCUUUCAGUGACCCACCCCCUCCUCCUCCUCUAGCAAAAGACUCUUCCCUGCACAUGAUAGACAACAUGCGUGGCCAGUUGAAGGAGGCGUCCUCGGCCACCUCCAAGGCCUUUGUCUCCUUCCGGAAGGAGCGGGACACGGACCUGGAGGUGCUGGAGGGCCAGGCCGUUGAGGGGCCCGGGGGAGUGGCCGAGGAGAGGGAGGAGGAGACCCAGAUGAGCCGGUCCAUCACCAUCAUGAAGCCUAUCCUGCGAUACCUGCAGCUGCUCUGUGAGAACCACAACAGGGACCUGCAGGUAUUGAAUUGAAUAAACCUUAUUGAUCCCCAGAGGGGAUAUUGGAUUUGUCACCAGCAUUGGCACUGUAUGGAGAGAUCAUAGUUCCUCUGACCACAAGCUGAACUUCAUGGUGUUUACCAUGUUCACCUGAUGAGUGAAUCAUAAGUGAAUCAUCUCAAAAGGGAUUAGCAGGUAGUCCUACUGCAUUUGAGGAAACAGAUUCGAUUCUGAGAUGAGUUGAGCAUUAUAAUUUUUCUUCUCAUCCCCAUUAUGAGUCAGAACCGCCACAGAGAUCUUAUGGCAGCCUAUCAUAGCACCACCUCUAGAUAGGAAUCCAGCGUUUAUGCAACCAUCUGGGUUUUAUAUCCAGUGUAACAGGGUAUUAUUGUCAAUACACACAGAGUAUACAAAAUAUUUGGAACACCUGCUCUUGCCAUGACAUAUACUGACCAGGUGAAUGCAGGUGAAAGCAAUGAUCCCUUAUUGAUGUCACUUGCUAAAUCCACUUCAAUCAGUGUAGAUGAAGGGGAGGAGACAGGUUAAAGAAGGAUUUUUAAGCCUUGUGACAAUUGAGACAUGGUUUGUGUAUGUGUGCCAUUCAGAGGGUGAAUGGGCAAGACAAAAUAUUUAAGUGCCUUUGAACAGGGUAUGGUAGUAGGUGCCAGGCGCACCGGUUUGUGUCAAGAACUGCAACACUGCUGGGUUUUUCCACGCUCAACAGUUUCCCGAAUGUAUCAAGAAUGGUCCACCACCCAAAAGACAUCCAGCUAACUUGACACAACUGUGGGAAGCAUUGGAGUCAACAUGGGCCAGCAUCCCUGUGGAACGCAUUCUACACCAUGUAGAGUCCAUGCCCUGACGAAUUGAGGCUGUUCUGAUGGAAAAAGGGGGUGCAACUCAAUAUUAGGAAGGUGUUCUUAAUGUUUUGUACACUCAGUGUAUGUCUCAAGCUUUUAUUCUGAAAUGUUGACACACCCUGCUUUAAACCCAGAUCAGAUGUGCUCACACUCAGAUAGGAUAUCAUGCAAGUAUCCUAUGAAUAUGAACCACCUUUUUUCCCCCUCCUGGUUCCUCCCUGAAUCCAGAACUUCCUGCGGAACCAGAACAACAAGACCAACUACAACCUGGUGUGUGAAACUCUGCAGUUCCUGGACAUCAUGUGUGGCAGCACCACUGGAGGCCUGGGCCUGCUGGGACUCUACAUCAAUGAGGGCAACGUGGACUUGGUCCGGCAGACCCUGGAGACCAUCACAGAGUACUGCCAGGGACCCUGCCACGAGAACCAGGUAGGGGACCACCACUACCAACCAGGUCACCCCAAAACUGUGCCAGUAUAGAGUAGGUCAUUUGGAAUCACAGUCUUGUGAUGAGGUGUCCUUGCCUGAAACUUGUAAACCCAAAUUAUACAAUAUAGUGUAACCCUCGUACCACAAGGAUUUCCUCUUUGUCUAAUGGUUAAGACGUUGAGCAGGAGUCCUAGGGCCUCAUUUAUAAACGUUGUGUACGCACAAAAUAUGCCCAAAAACAUGCGUGUGCAAGUUUUCACGCAAAAGUUAGCAUUUAUAAAAACUGAACUUGACUGGAGAGUGUGCUUAUCGUCCUGCGAACUUUAGACUAUGCAUACGCACAGUUUCUAGUGGUUUAAGUAUUGCAUUUCAUGAAAACAAAAGUACUCUAGCCUGAAUAUACAGCGCAUUCGGUAAGUAUUCAGACCCCUUCCCCUUUUCCACAUUUAGUUACGUUACAGCCUUAUUCUAAAAUUGAUUCAAUUGUUUUUUUCCCUCAUCAAUCUACACACAAUACCCCAUAAUGACAAAGCAAAAACAGGUUUUUAGAAUUGUUAGCAAAUUUAUUAAAAUAAGAAAUCAGAAAUAUCACAUCUACAUAAGUAUUCAGACCCUUUGCUAUGACACUUGAAAUUGAGCUCAGGUACAUCCUGUUUCCAUUGGUCAUCCUUGAGAUGUUUCUACAACUAAAUUCAAUUGAUUCGACAUGAUUUGGAAAGGCACACACCUGUCUAUAUAAGGUCCCACAGUUGACAGUGCAUGUCAGAGCAAAAACCAAGCCAUGAGGUCGAAGGAAUUGUCCGUAGAGCUCCGAAACAGGAUUGUGUCGAGGCACAGAUCUGGGGAAGGGUACCAAAACAUUUCUGCAGCAUUGAAGGUCCCCAAGAACACAGUGGCCUCCAUCAUGGUUAAAUUGAAGAAGUUUGGAACCACCAAGACUCUUCCUAGAGCUGGCCACCCGGCCAAACUGAGCAAUCGGGGGAGAAGGGCCUUGGUCAGGGAGGUGAACAAGAACCCGAUGGUCACUCUGACAGAGCUCCAGAGUACCUUUGUGGAGAUGGGAGAACCUUCCAGAAGGACAACCAUCUCUGCAGCACUCCACCAAUCAGGCCUUUAUGGUAGAGUGGCCAGAUGGAAGCCACUCCUCAGUAAAAGGCACAUGACAGCCCGCUUGGAUUUAGCCAAAAGGCACAUAAAGGACUCUCAGACCAUGAGAAACAAGAUUCUCUGGUCUGCUGAAACCAAGAUUGAACUCUUUGGCCUGAAUGCCAAGCGUCACGUCUGUAGGAAACCUUGCACCAUCCCUACGGUGAAGCAUGGUGGUGGCAGCAUCAUGCUGUGGGUAUGUUUUUCAGCGGCAGGGACUGGGAGACUAGGCAGGAUCAAGGGAAAGCUGAACGGAGCAAAGUACAGAGAGAUCCUUGAUGAAAACCUGCUCCAGACCGCUCAGGACCUCAGACUGGGGUGAAGGUUCACCUUCCAUCAGGACAAUGACCCUAAGCACACAGCCAAGACAACACAGGAGUGGCUUCGGGACAAGUCUCUGAAUGUCCUUGAGUGGCCCAGCCAGAGCCCAGACUUGAACCCGAUCGAACAUCUCUGGAGAGACCUGAAAAUAGCUGUGUAGCAACGCUCCCCAUCCAACCUGACAGAGCUUGAGAGGAUCUGCAGAGAAGAAUGGGAGAAACUCCCCAAAUACAGGUUUGCCAAGCUUGUAGCGUCAUACCGAAGAAGACUCGAGGCUGUAACCGCUGCCACAGGUAGCUAAAUAUAAUAACAAGAUGCAAUCAUUUGCCAUUAGUGAGAAGAGCGAAAAUCUAUUUAUUUUAUCUUUGCAUUCUAAAAUAAUUAGAAAUAGGCAUACGUUUCCAAUUAUUUAUUUCAUUUCCAUUGCAGAAGAAAUUCCUUUCCUUUUCAUUCUACUCUCGAAAUAGCCUAUAGGCCUACAACAAGUUAGGUUACCAUUCGUCCCAUCUCUCAUUUAAUUGGUCCCACUUCACAGUAGUAAAUUGAUAAGCCAUUUAAAGUAUUUUGCUAUAUUCGAUCCAAAGCGCAUUUUAAUGGUAGAAGAGAUGGUUCACCUUUUCCAUUGACGUUUGUAGGCUACUACAUUUGAAUACUGUAACGUCAGAUUUCUCCAGUAAACAAUAUUUCAUUUAUAAACAUAAUACAUACAGCGGGGGAAAAAAAGUAUUUAGUCAGCCACCAAUUGUGCAAGUUCUCCCACUUAAAAAGAUGAGAGAGGCCUGUAAUUUUCAUCAUAGGUACACGUCAACUAUGACAGACAAAAUGAGAAAAAAAAUAUCCAGAAAAUCACAUUGUAGGAUUUUUUAUGAAUUUAUUUGCAAAUUAUGGUGGAAAAUAAGUAUUUGGUCAAUAACAAAAGUUUCUCAAUACUUUGUUAUACACCCUUUGUUGGCAAUGACACAGGUCAAACGUUUUCUGUAAGUCUUCACAAGGUUUUCACACACUGUUGCUGGUAUUUUGGCCCAUUCCUCCAUGCAGAUCUCCUCUAGAGCAGUGAUGUUUUGGGGCUGUCGCUGGGCAACACUGACUUUCAACUCCCUCCAAAGAUUUUCUAUGGGGUUGAGAUCUGGAGACUGGCUAGGCCACUCCAGGACCUUGAAAUGCUUCUUACGAAGCCACUCCUUCGUUGCCCGGGCGGUGUGUUUGGGAUCAUUGUCAUGCUGAAAGACCCAGCCACGUUUCAUCUUCAAUGCCCUUGCUGAUGGAAGGAGGUUUUCACUCAAAAUCUCACGAUACAUGGCCCCAUUCAUUCUUUCCUUUACACGGAUCAGUCGUCCUGGUCCCUUUGCAGAAAAACAGCCCCAAAGCAUGAUGUUUCCACCCCCAUGCUUCACAGUAGGUAUGGUGUUCUUUGGAUGCAACUCAGCAUUCUUUGUCCUCCAAACACGACGAGUUGAGUUUUUACCAAAAAGUUCAAUUUUUUGGUUUCAUCUGACCAUAUGACAUUCUCCCAAUCCUCUUCUGGAUCAUCCAAAUGCACUCUAGCAAACUUCAGACGGGCCUGGACAUGUACUGGCUUAAGCAGGGGGACACGUCUGGCACUGCAGGAUUUGAGUCCCUGGCGGCGUAGUGUGUUACUGAUGGUAGGCUUUGUUACUUUGGUCCCAGCUCUGCAGGUCAUUCACUAGGUCCCCCCGUGUGGUUCUGGGAUUUUUGCUCACCGUUCUUGUGAUCAUUUUGACCCCACGGGGUGAGAUCAGUGGUCUUGUAUGGGGCCAGGACAGAGUUUGGGAAACCCUGGUGUAGGCUACCACUGUAAGUAGGUCUACUGUAGUUUUCAUUUUCUUCUUAGUAGACAACGUUUCAGAGUUCGUGGGCAUUGCAGCAUAUUUAGGUAAUGGAAAAAGUUAAAGCAUUAUUGCAUUCAAACGAUCUGUUUACAGGUCCACAACAAUUUGCAAUUCUUUUUAUCAGAAACGGUCACAUACAGCAAAUGUUACCGCAAAAUAAAUCAUUCUGCUAACACCUCCAAAGAUAUUUUCUCAAGUGCGCCAUGCAUUGCGAUUUCCUUUAGAUACUGUCUUGGUCAAUACUUCCAAGGUAUACAGCAAGUAAGGGCAUUAUUGUCACCAUAAAAGGUGAAUGAUGGGUGUUAUAAUGCUCGUUCACAAUCGCACAGUUUUACAACAGGUCUGAUUUAUGCGGAUGGCGUGCGCCAUGUUUAUAAAUCUCAAUGGCACACCCAGAUAUUUAGUGUUACAUUUACACAAUGGUUAUAAAUUAGGCCCUUGGAGUCACCAACCGUUUACACCAGAAAAUGUAGGUUGCUGUGUUCACUUUACCAUGGAAGAUGAUGAAUAGUGUUGCUAUUUUGGAGUUGGAUUAAUACCAUGCAAGAUCAUAACUGUAUGCUACACCAGUGUUUCCCAAAGGUUUAAAUUUGGUCAGGAGGCCUGUCCAACACGUGAGCAUGACAUCGAUGUGACAACCAUGGACAGUAACAGCCAUGCAUGUUUGAAUAAGAUACACAUACAGCUCCCACUCACAUUAAUCAUACAUCAGCACUUUCACAGUUGGCAACAGCACAGGAAAAAUCCCUGAUGUAUGUCACAUUGAUGGUUAUGUGUUGAUUUUGUGGUUCAAGUGUAGCCAUGUAAACCAUUUAAAUGAAUGUACAGCAAAUGUGGGGGUGUUCAGUAACAUGUGAAUCAUGCUGUUCAUGUCAAUUUAUGAAGUGGUUGGGAAGUUACACUAUUAGCCUACGAUCCUGCCAAACAGACAACAGUAUUGUCUAAUUGAGUCUAAAACAUCUUAAAGGGAUAGUUCACUUUUUGGAAGUUGUAGCUCAGGGAUUCUUGAAAGAUGGGACAAUCUCUACUUUUUUCUCACAAACAUAUUUCUUAAUAUUAACAACAUUUGAAAUGUAUAUUUUGAUAGAUCAAAGUAUCAGCUGUCACACCAUGUCAAAAGCAACAAUGUCCUAAUAAAUAAAUCAUAUAAUGCAACUAACUGGAUUUAUGAUAACUUCGUCAGGCUCCAUAAAAGGCAUUUCAUUUGUUCAUUUAUUGCCUAACAAGUAUUUAAAGGCCUUGAUUGUUUAAUUCUAACAUUAGAAAAUUAAAAUAUACUGAACAAAGAUAUAAACACAUGUAAGGUGUUGGUCCGAUGUUUCAUGAGCUGAAAUAAAAGAUACCAGUCAUUUACCAUACGCACAAAAAGCUUAGUUAUCUCAAAUGUUGUGCACCAAUUUGUUUAUAUCCCUGUUAGUGAGCAUUUCUCCUUUGCCUAGAUAAUCCAUCCACCUGACAGGUGUGGCAUAUGAAGAAGCUGAUUAAACAACAUGAUUGUUACACAGGUGCGCCUUGUGCUGGGGACAAUAAAAGGCCACGUUAUCACACAACCCAAUGCCACAGAUGUCUCAAGUUUUGAGGGAGUGUGCAAUUGGCAUGCUGACUGCAGGAAUGUCCACCAGUGUUGUUGCCAGAGAAUUGAAUGUUCAUUUCUCUACCAUAAGCCGCCUCCAUCGUCGUUUCAGAUAAUUUGGCAGUACGUCCAACCGCAGACCACGUGUAACCACGCCAGCCCAGGAUCUCCACAUCCGGCUUCUUCACCUGCGGGAUCAUCUAAGGAGGGGGGUGCUGCUGAGGAGUAUUUAUGUCUGUAAUAAAGCCAUUUUGUGGGGAAAAACUAAUUCUGAUUGGCUGGGCCUGGCUCCCCAAUCAUGUGAAAUCCAUAGAUAAGGGCUUGAAUUAAUGAAUCUAUUUCAAUUAACUGAUUUCCUUCUAUGAUCUGUAACUCAGUAAAAUCUUUAAAAUUGUUGCAUGUUGCGUUUAUAUAUUUUUGUUCAGCAUAUGUUAUAUAAAUCUCCAAACUUAUUUUUGUUUUGUGUUAUAGCGCUAUAUAAUGCUCCAGGGCUAAUUUCGUUAGCAUUUUUGCAUGUUUUUUUAAAUUCAGAACUUAAAACAACAUUUCUAAAGCAAACAUUAUCCCUUAGAUCUAGCACAGCAAAUACUUCAAUAGUUUAAGCAUAUGUUGCAGAACAGUGAUUGAACGUUUUUUUUAGGGGGGGAAAUAUAUCUUAAGGGGGUUAGCCAUCAGUGAUGGAGUUGAGAAGCCACUCACGGAGUUGACAACAAAUACUCAAAACAGACAUAUUUUUGCCUCGAAUACAAACAUUUGUAAAAUGGAGAAAAUUAUUAAUUUUAAAAUCCCCAGUAAAAACAAUCAUUCUAUCAGAUCUUCCAGCACUCUGAUGGAAUUGACGUUAGACAAAAAUCUGACGUUGAUGUUUAACGGCAUUGACAAAAAUGUCAUUUUUCUUCAUUCAAGUGGUAUAUAAAGUAGCAAUCUUGUCUUCCUCAGUUGCUUUAUGACUGUAAAACCUAAUUUAAAAUACCGUAAUUUUCGGACUAUAAGCCGCGCCUUUUUCCCCAUUUUUCGACCCUGCGGUUUAUAUAACGGUGCGGCUAAUCUAUGGAUUUUUACAGCUAACGGCCAGUAGAAGACCUCCUAAAUCUAUGGAUUUUACAGGUUACAGUCCACCAACUUUAACUCUAUGGGCUCUAUGACCGGUCCGCGCCCCCCACCUUUAAGCGGCGGGCUCCAGCAGGAAAAGCUGGAGGCCGGAAAAGAGUGAGACAGGUAGCGCGUAAAAGUGGAACCGAGAGUGGUACGAGAGACAGAACGAGAGACAGAACGAGAGCAAGACAGACAGACAUUACGAGAGCGAGACAGUUUGUCUCUUUCCCGACAAUCCCCUCUGUGCACGAACCCUUACAUAUGGUAAUUAAACAUUAAAACACCUGCGGCUUAUAGUCCAGUGCGGCUUAUAUAUGUACAUAUCAUUCAAUUUAGCUGCUGCGGCUUAUACUCCGGUACGCCUUAUAGUGCGGAAAAUACGGUAAACAUAUUUGUCCCAAAAUUCACAGCCUAUCUUAAUCUACCCGGUUGAUGGAGUUGACCGUUUAUGGUUGUGACCCAUGGUGAUUUUAAUAUUGUUUGUUUAAAUCUAUCAAAAGUAGAAAACUUUACAGACCAUGAGUAGUCUUGUUGCACUUCAUGUAAUCAGGACAUGAAGAAGGGGUCCUUAUGAUAUAGUUGUCCCUGCUUAUUCCUGAUUUAAUUUAGGAUUUUAGACAAACCUGACGGAGUUGACAAUCUCCAGACAUUUAUUUUUAGGAAUCACAGUUUUGAGAGGAAUAUUGCAAUAAACUCCAUAAGAUCCUUUUUCAGUUAAUAUUCAUUAUUGUCUGAUUUUAGAAUUUUAAACCUUUAUUUGGAGAGUUUGAAAUUGGGAUCAUUUGCUUCGGACAAGGCCAUUUCCGGUCAUAGAGCCGACAUGGAAACUCAUAAUAUUGAAAAUAUUUAGAACAUUCUAAAAACAAAUCUUUCCCCUUAUAAAAUUGCCCUAAAUGUAACAUUUUAGCUCAAAUAAUGCCACAAUUUUUUUUUAAAUCCCCUGCCGGACAAGGAUUGUCCCGACUUUCAAGAAUCUAUAAGCUUAUUGUCAACUUACUGUACCUAGGGUUUUGUCAUUUGAACUAUCUCUUUAAAUCAAUGUUGGUUUCACUAUUAUACCUCCAAUGGAAAGUUGUUCUCAUUUUAAAGUUUGCUUUUCACUCACUAACUAACCUAUUGCUGUCCCAGUCCUGUAUAGCCAAGCACGAGUCUAACGGCAUCGACAUCAUCAUAGCUCUAAUAGUCAACCCCGUCAACCCUUUAGGGAAGCAUCGACUGGACCUGGUGCUGGAACUCAAGGUUAGCAUGCCUCUAUACGAGACCCCUUUGUGUGUUCAGUGGAAGUCAAUGGCUUGAUAAGCAGCAGAUAAAUAGUUCAUUUAUACCUACAUGAAUAUUGUAUAGGUAUCCUAUCCAGCCCUAUAUACAGUAAAUUGACCGUUCAUACUUCACAUACAAAGUUAUCACUAUCAAUGGCAGUCAUUUGAGAGUCCAUUUCUUGUUAAAAGUCCCAUUUGUCCUUGUGUGGUUAUGGCCUUACAAUGUGAUAUCCGCUGAGAUGUUAGUGAGGGAGGAAUGCACUGUUUCUUUCCUCCUUUCUUUAAAAAAUAAAUGUAUUUCCUCCCUCACUAACAUCUCAGCGGAUAUCACAUUGUAAGGCCAUAACCACACAAGGACAAAUGGGACUUUUAACAAGAAUUGGGACUUUUAUGGGACUUUUAUACAAUAUUCAUGUAGGUGUAAUGGACUAUCCAUCAGUUCAUUCAUUCCUUUAGUACUGAUUUUGAAGUCUGUUUCCUCCCAGUAACAUAGAUGAUUGUGUAGUGGGUUAGGAUGUGAUGGUAAUGUGAUAUGGUCUCUGUGUGAUAGAACAACGCCUCCAAGCUGCUGCUGGCCAUCAUGGAGAGUCGCCAUGACAGUGAGAACGCAGAGAAGAUCCUUUACAAGAUGAGGCCCAUGGAGCUGGUGAGUGGCUCUACACACACACACAAGCACACACAUCAAGCACACAAAGACAAGCACACACACCGUACUGACAAUGUGUGUUCCAGGUGAAUGUGAUGAAGGAGGCAUAUGCCCAGGGGCUGGAAAGUGAGGCUGAGGAGAACGCUUUAGCAGACCAGAUCAAACCUAAAGACGUGGGACACAACAUCUACAUCCUGGCCCACCAGGUAACACCAUGACGUGUGUGUGUGUGUGUGUUUCUUUUAACAUACAUAAUUGAGUGUGUGGGAGAGAUUUUGUGAACCAUGUAUAUUCAUGCUUUAAAAAGGGCCCAAUGAGUACAUCAAUGUCACAGAAAAGACGGUAAUUCACUAUGUGUCACACUCUUACUGCCCCGCCAGGUAAGUCUAAUGAUUCUUGUCUGUAGGUGUGGUUAUAUAGUCUAGUCUUAUGUAAUUUCAGUACGUGAUCAUGGAUGUGACUUUCAGUGGAAUAGAUGGUUCAGUUCCUGUGUUGAGUCAUAGUGAAAACACACACACAGACGUGUGUCUGUCUCUGUAGAAAGGACAGACUAGGUCAAGCGUGUUUUCACUUCUGUCUUUUACUCACAAUAGAGCCGAGUGUCAGACAGACAGGAUAUUUCUGCCCCACCAUGGUUUCAUCAUGACCACGAUGUCUCUGGGGGCUGGCUGUUUCUACUUCCAAAAUAAUACAUACACACAUGAGCGCAUACAGAAGUUCACACACACACUCUACCCCAUUGUAUAACCCCACAUAUACAAAUGAACAUACCAUAGAUACCACACUCCUGCCUCAAGUGUUCAUAUACACACACAUAACACACACAACCCAAGCAUUUCUUUCUACCUGUUUAUCAGUACAAGCCAACACACUUCUGAACGUCUGCUGUGUCUGACAUAGUCAGCUGAGAAUCACCCCCAUCACAGCUGACAACUGUAUAAUUUGUCUCGCUCACUGAUGUCUAUAUCACCACAGAAGGAGCAAUAGGCAGGCAGCCAAAUCCAUCAUUGGAUAGAGUGGAUAAGUAGUACAGUGUCAACAACAGAGACUUGGUGGCACAGCUCAAUAUUAGGAAGGUGUUCCUAAUGUUUGGUAUACACUGUAUACAUAUUACUUUGCUAGACGUUACAAACAAAUCAGAUGAUCAAAUGGAUGGGGUAACUCACCCCUUCCACCUUUUGUGACCACUGACAGAGCUGUAAUACAUAGUGAAAGUACUGUGUGUUGACUGAUUGGCUGUACUAUGUGUGUUCCAGCUGGCCAGACACAGUAAGUUCCUGCAACAGAGCUUGAGGCCGCCAGCGACGGGGCUACUGCUGAACCAUGACCCAGAGGGAGAAGACGCCCUCGGUUACUAUGCUAACCACACCGCUCAGAUAGAGGUAGGCCUCAUCCAGACAGUGGUCAUCGCAUCACAUUGUCCCAACCCAGCAGGGAAAACUGGUUGAAAUGACAUCAUAAUGACAACCGGUUUUGCCCACUGGAAAGCUACAGGCCUGUUUUGCCCUUACAUUUAUUUAUUUUUUGUUGAUGCUAUAACAGGCUAUUAGAUAAUAUAUACCCCUGAAGGUACAGCUAUGCUGUACCUGGUCUAAGGGUAUCAUAUUUAGCUGAUUCUUUGGUGGCUUAAUCAGCAAUGAAUCCAAAGGGGUUUAUUAUGCAAUGGUAACAAGCAUUCAUUGAGAUAAUGCCAGCAGAUAACUAGUGGUCUGUCUUUGAGUGAUUGUGGUCUGAAAGUUUGCUGUUUGUCCGAUUGAUGCUAGAACAUGCUAUUAGAUUUACCUCUGAAAGUAGGGUUGGGUGGUAUCCAGAUUUUCAUACCUUCAUACUGUUCCUUACCAUACCGGGGCAUACAGUACAACCAGCAGUAAUUUUUUUUUGUUUUUAUGCACAAAACAAAUGUAGGCAGCAGGGAUCAGUAUGAAAAUGUAUGCACUCACUAUAACUGUAAGUCGCUCUGGAUAAGAGCGUCUGCUAAAUUACUAAAAUGUUAAAUCUUGAUCCAGGAGGAGAUUGAUUGUCUCUACUGAAACCAAGAAGCUUGAUCUUCAAACUAGUCACAUAGCUAGCAAGUAAGCAAACUAAAUGCAUACAGUAGCUAGAGCCUUGAGCUGGAGAUAAUGUAUUUGGCACAUCUUAGAUAGUUAACUUAGUUAUAAACAGUGGUGGAUCACGCAAACACCCCAAAACAAAACAACUAAAAGAAAGUGUUUUGUUUGUUUUUGUUGACGGUAUUGAAAUCAUACCAUCAGUAAAUACCUUGGUAUACGGUAUACCACCCAAGCCUACCUGAAAGUACAGCUACUUUUGUUCUUAGUCUUAGAGGUAUCAUCAUAUCAUGUUCUUUCUUCAGAUUGUGCGUCACGACCGCACAAUGGAGCAAAUAGUGUUCCCGGUGCCCAACAUCUGUGAGUACCUGACAGAGGAGUCCAAAACACGCGUGUUCACCACCACCGAGAGGGACGACCAAGGCAGCAAGGUCAAUGACUUCUUCACGCAGUUCGACGACCUCUACAACGAGAUGCGCUGGCAGAAGAAGAUACGCAGUAAGAGACCAGGUUUUACACUGACAAAAGAUUCUGGAAUCUCUUUCUAAGGUGACAUUUCCAGGGUUAUUGUGAUAUAUGGCUAUUAACCAGAUGUCCCCUGUGUCUGUUCAGAUAACCUGGCUCUGUUCUGGUUCUCUCGGCACAUCUCUCUGUGGGGAAGCAUCUCUUUCUACCUGGCCGUACUGGUCAAUGUGGCCGUGGCUCUCUUUUACCCCUUCGGUGACGACGAAGAUGAAGGUGAGAUUUCCUACUGGUCUACAGCAGGGUCUUUUUUAACCUUUAUUUAACUAGGCAAGUCAGUUAAGAACUAAUUCUUAUUUAUAAUGACGGCCUACUCCGGCCAAACCCGGAUGACGUUGGGCAAAUUGUGCGCCGCCCUAUGGGACUCCCAAUCACGGCCGGAUUGUGAUACAGCCUCUAGCACUGAGAUGGAGUGCCUUAGACCGCUGCGCCACUCGGGAGCCCUUAUUCAUUAGGGCACACAGUUGCCAGUGUUUCUCAAAUUAACUUUUAACUUUUAAGAAGGCACACCUGUUAAUUGAAAUGCAUUCCAGGUGACUACCUCAUGAAGCUGGUUGAAAGAAUGCCAAGAGUGUGCAAAGCUGUCAUCAAGGCAAAGGGUGGCUGUUUGAAAAAUCUCAAAUAUAUUUUUUGAUUUGUUUAACACUUCUUUGGAUACUACAUGAUUCCAUAUGUGUUAUUUCAUAGUUUUGAUGUCUUCACUAUUAUUCUACAAUGUAGAAAAUAGUACAAAUAAAGAAAAACCCUGGAAUGAGUAGGUGUGUCCAAACUUUUGACUGGUACUGUAUACAUAUAUACAUACAUACAUACAUACAUACAUACAUACAUACAUACAUACAUACAUACAUACAUACAUACAUACAUACAUACAUACAUACAUACAUACAUACAUGCAUAACAGAAAAUAUAAACGCAACAUGCAACAAUUUCAACGAUUUUACUUAGUUACAGUUCAUAUAAGGAAAUCCGUCAAUUGAAAUAAAUUAAUUAGGCCCUGAUCUAUGGAUUUCACAUGAUUGGGCAGGGGCGCAGCAAUGGGUGUGCCUGGGAGCCAGUCAGAAUACGUUUUUCCACACAAAACGGCUUUAUUACAGACAGAAAUACUCCUCAGUUUCAUCAGCUGUUCGGGUGACUGGUCUCGGAUGAUCCCCCAGGUGAAGAAGCCGGAUGUGGAGGUUCAGGGCUGGCGUGAUUACACAUGGUCUGCGGUUGUGAGGCCGGUUGGACGUACUGCCAAAUUCUAUAAAACUACUUUGGAGGCGACUUAUGUUAGAUAAAUUACAUUUAGUUCUCUGGCAACAGCUCUGGUGGACAUUCCUGCAGUCAGCAUGCAAAUUGCACGCUCCCUCAAAACUUGAGACAACUGUGGCAUUGUGUUGUGUGACAAAAUAAGCUUUUUGUGCGUAUGGAAGAUUUCUGGGAUCUUUUAUUUCAUGAAACAUGGGACCAACACUUUACAUGUUGCGUUUAUAUUUUUGUUCUGUGUGUGUAUGUACAGUGAGGGGAAAAAAGUAUUUGAUCCCCUGCUGAUUUUGUACGUUUGCCCACUGACAAAGAAAUGAUCAGUCUAUAAUUGUAAUGGUAGGUUUAUUUGAACAGUGAGAGGCAGAAUAACAACAAAAACAUCCAGAAAAACGCAUUUAAAAAAUGUUAUAAAUUUAUUUGCAUUUUAAUGAGGGAAAUAAGUAUUUGACCCCCUCUCAAUCAGAAAGAUUUCUGGCUCCCAGGUGUCUUUUAUACAGGUAACUAGCUAAGAUUAGGAGCACACUCUUAAAGGGAGUGCUCCUAAUCUCAGCUUGUUACCUGUAUAAAAGACACCUGUCCACAGAAGCAAUCAAUCAAUCAGAUUCCAAACUCUCCACCAUGGCCAAGACCAAAGAGCUCUCCAAGGAUGUCAAGGACAAGAUUGUAGACCUACACAAGGCUGGAAUGGGCUACAAGACCAUCGCCAAGCAGCUUGGUGAGAAGGUGACAACAGUUGGUGCGAUUAUUCGCAAAUGGAAGAAACACAAAAUAACUGUCAAUCUCCCUCGGCCUGGGGCCGAGUUGCAAUGAUCAUGAGAACGGUGAGGAAUCAGCCCAGAACUACACGGGAGGAUCUUGUCAAUGAUCUCAAGGCAGCUGGGACCAUAGUCACUAAGAAAACAAUUGGUAACACACUAUGCCGUGAAGGACUGAAAUCCUGCAGCGCCCGCAUGGUCCCCCUGCUCAAGAAAGCACAUAUACAGGGCUGUCUGAAGUUUGCCAAUGAACAUCUGAAUGAUUCAGAGGAGAACUGGGUGAAAGUGUUGUGGUCAGAUGAGACCAAAAUGGAGCUCUUUGGCAUCAACUCAACUCGCCGUGUUUGGAGGAGGAGGAAUGCUGCCUAUGACCCCAAGAACACCAUCCCCAAGUCAAUCAUGGAGGUGGAAACAUUAUGCUUUGGGGGUGUUUUUCUGCUAAGGGGACAGGACAACUUCACUGCAUCAAAGGUACGAUGGGCGGGGCCAUGUACCGUCAAAUCUUGGGUGAGAACCUCCUUCCCUCAGCCAGGACAUUGAAAAUGGGUCGUGGAUGGGUAUUCCAGCAUGACAAUGACCCAAAACACACGGCCAAGGCAACAAAGGAGUGGCUCAAGAAGAAGCACAUUAAGGUCCUGGAGUGGCCUAGCCAGUCUCCAGACCUUGAUCCCAUAGAAAAUCUGUGGAGGGAGCUGAAGGUUCGAGUUGCCAAACGUCAGCCUCGAAACCUUAAUGACUUGGAGAAGAUCUGCAAAGAGGAGUGGGACAAAAUCCCUCCUGAGAUGUGUGCAAACCUGGUGGCCAACUACAAGAAACGUCUGACCUCUGUGAUUGCCAACAAGGGUUUUGCCACCAAGUACUAAGUCAUGUUUUGCAGAGGGGUCAUUAUUUCCCUCAUUAAAAUGCAAAUCAAUUUAUAACAUUUUUGAAAUGCGUUUUUCUGGAUUUUGUUGUUGUUAUUCUGUCUCUCACUGUUCAAAUAAACCUACCAUUAAAAUUAUCGACUGAUCAUUUCUUUGUCAGUGGGCAAAUGUACAAAAUCAGCCGGGGAUCAAAUAUUUUUUCCCCUCACAGUACAUACAUACAUACGCACAUACAUACAGUUGAAGUCGGAAGUUUACAUACACCUUAGCCAAAUACAUCUAAACUCAGUUUUUCACAAUUCCUGACAUUUAAUCCUAGUAAAAAUUCCCUGUCUUAGGUCAGUUAGGAUCACCACUUUAUUUUAAGAAUGUGAAAUGUCAGAAUAAUAGUAGAGAUAAUUAUUUAUUUCAGCUUUUAUUUCUUUCAUCACAUUGCCAGUGGUUCAGAAGUUUACAUACACUCAAUUAGUAUUUGGUAGCGUUGCCUUUAAAUUGUUUAACUUGGGUCAAAUGUUUCCGGUAGCCUUCCACAAGCUUCCCACAAUAAGUUGGGUGAAUUUUGGCCCAUUCCUCCUGACAGAGCUGGUGUAACUGAGUCAGGUUUGUAGGCCUCCUUGCUCGCACACACCUUUUCAGUUCUGCCCACAUGUUUUCUAUAGGAUUGAGGUCAGAGCUUUGUAAUGGCCACUCCAAUACCUUGACUUUGUUGGCCUUAAGCCAUUUUGCCACAACUUUGGAAGUAUGCUUUGGGUCAUUGUCCAUUUGGAAGACCCAUUUGCAACCAAGCUUUAACUUCCUGACUGAUAUCUUGAGAUGUUGCUUCAAUAUAGCCACAUAAUUUUCCUUCCUCAUGAUGCCAUCUAUUUUGUGAAGUGCACCAGUCCCUCCUGGAGCAAAGCACCCCCACAGCAUGAUGAUGCCACCGCCGUGCUUCACGGUUGGGUGGCAGGUAGCUUAGUGGUUAAGAGCGUUGUGCCAGUAACCGAAAGGUCGCUGGUUCUAAUCCCCGAGCCGACUUGGUGAAAAAUCUGUCGAUGUGCCCUUGAGCAAGGCACUUAAUCCUAAUUGCUCAUGUAAGUCGCUCUGGAUAAGAGCGUCUGCUAAAUGACUAAAAUGUAAAUGUAAAAAUUUGUUCUUCGGCUUGCAAGGCACCCCCUUUUUCCUCCAAACAUAACGAUGGUCAUAACGACAGCUGCGCGGUCCCAUGGUGUUUAUACUUCCGUACUAUUGUUUGUACAGAUGAACGGGGUACCUUCAGGCGUUUGGAAAUAGCUCCCAAGGAUUAACCAGACUUGUGGAGGUCUACAAAAAAAAAUUCUGAGGUCUUGGCUGAUUGCUUUUGAUUUUACCAUGAUGUCAAGCAAAAAGGCUCAGAGUUUGAAGGUAGGCCUUGAAAUACAUCCACAGGUACACCUCCAAUUGACUCAAAUUACAGUGGGGAGAAAAAAGUAUUUAGUCAGUCACCAAUUGUGCAAGUUCUCCCACUUUUCACCAUAGGCACACGUCAACUAUGACAGACAAAAUGAGAAAGAAAAAUCCAGAAAAUCACAUUGUAGGAUUUUUUAUGAAUUUAUUUGCAAAUUAUGGUGGAAAAUAAGUAUUUGGUCAAUAACAAAAGUUUCUCAAUACUUAGUUAUAUACCCUUUGUUGGCAAUGACACAGGUCAAACGUUUUCUGUAAGUCUUCACAAGGUUUUCACACACUGUUGCUGGUAUUUUGGCCCAUUCCUUCCAUGCAGAUCUCCUCUAGAGCAGUGAUGUUUUGGGGCUGUCGCUGGGCAACACUGACUUUCAACUCCCUCCAAAGAUUUUCUAUGAGGUUGAGAUCUGGAGACUGGCUAGGCCACUCCAGGACCUUGAAAUGCUUCUUACGAAGCCACUCCUUCGUUGCCCGGGCGGUGUGUUUGGGAUCAUUGCCAUGCUGAAAGACCCAGCCACGUUUCAUCUUCAAUGCCCUUGCUGAUGGAAGGAGGUUUUCACUCAAAAUCUCACGAUACAUGGCCCCAUUCAUUCUUUCCUUUACACGGAUCAGUCGUCCUGGUCCCUUUGCAGAAAAACAGCCCCAAAGCAUGAUGUUUCCACCCCCAUGCUUCACAGUAGGUAUGGUGUUCUUUGGAUGCAACUCAGCAUUCUUUGUCCUCCAAACACGACGAGUUGAGUUUUUACCAAAAAGUUAUAUUUUGGUUUCAUCUGACCAUAUGACAUUCUCCCAAUCCUCUUCUGGAUCAUCCAAAUGCACUCUAGCAAACUUCAGAUGGGCCUGGACAUGUACUGGCUUAAGCAGGGGGACACGUCUUGCACUGCAGGAUUUGAGUCCCUAGCGGCGUAGUGUGUUACUGAUGGUAGGCUUUGUUACUUUGGUCCCAGCUCUCUGCAGGUCAUUCACUAGGUCCCCCCGUGUGGUUCUGGGAUUUUUGCUCACCGUUCUUGUGAUCAUUUUGACCCCACGGGUUGAGAUCUUGCGUGGAGCCCCAGAUCGAGGGAGAUUAUCAGUGGUCUUGUAUGUCUUCCAUUUCCUAAUAAUUGCUCCCACAGUUGAUUUCUUCAAACCAAGCUGCUUACCUAUUGCAGAUUCAGUCUUCCCAGCCUGGUGCAGGUCUACAAUUUUGUUUCUGGUGUCCUUUGACAGCUCUUUGGUCUUGGCCAUAGUGGAGUUUGGUGUGUGACUGUUUGAGGUUGUGGACAGGUGUCUUUUAUACUGAUAACAAGUUCAAACAGGUGCCAUUAAUACAGGUAACAAGUGGAGGACAGAGGAGCCUCUUAAAGAAGAAGUUACAGGUCUGUGAGAGCCAGAAACCUUGCUUGUUUGUAGGUGACCAAAUACUUAUUUUCCACCAUAAUUUGCAAAUAAAUUCAUAAAAAAUCCUACAAUGUGAUUUUCAGGAUUUUUUUUCCUCAAUUUGUCUGUCAUAGUUGACGUGUACCUAUGAUGAAAAUUACAGGCCUCUCUCAUCUUUUUAAGUGGGAGAACUUGCACAAUUGGUGGCUGACUAAAUACUUUUUCCCCCCACUGUAUGUCAAUUAGCCUAUCAGAAGCUUCUAAAGCCAUGACAUCAUUUUCUGGAAUUUUCCAAGCUGUUUAAAGGCACAGUCAACUUAGUGUAUGUAAACUUCUGACCCACUGGAAUUGUGAUACAGUGAAUUAUAAGUGAAAUAAUCUGUCUGUAAACAAUUGUUGGAAAAAUUACUUGUGUCAGUAGAUGUCCUAACCGACUUGCCAAAACUAUAGUUUGUUAACAAGAAAUUUGUGGAGUGGUUGAAAAACAAGUUUUAAUGACUCCAACCUAAGUGUAUGUAAACUUCCGACUUCAAUUGUACAUGCAUACAUAUACACUCACCGGUCAGUUUAAUAGUUACACCCAUCUCCUACUGGAUCGGACCCCCCCUUGUCACCAGAACAGCCUGAAUUCUUCAGGGCAUGGAUUCUACAAGGUGUAGGAAACGUUCCACAGGGAUGUUGGUCCAUGCUGACACAAUGGCAUCACGCAGUUGUUGCAGAUUUGAUGGAGGUACAACAGCCUAUUCCAUCUCAUUGGAACAGCCUUUUCCGAACAGCCGAUUCCAUCUCAUCCCAAAGAUGCUCUAUUGGGUUUGGUCAGCAACAAUGUUCAGAUAAACUGUGGCGUUCAGUCGUUGCGCAAUUGGUAUAAAGGGAUCUAACGUGUGCCAGAACAACAUUCUCCACAUGGACUCAUCUUGCUUACGCCAAAUCCUGACUCUGCCAUCAGCAUGACACCGCAGGAACUGGGAUUCGUCAGACCAGGCAAUGUUUUUCCACUCAAUUUUUACAUUUUUAGUCAUUUAGCAGACGCUCUUAUCCAGAGCGACUUACAGUUAGUGAGUGCAUACAUAUUUAUUUUUUUCAUACUGGCCCCCUGUGGGAAUCGAACCCACAACCCUGGCAUUGCAAGUGCCAUGCUCAACCAACUGAGCUACACAGGGCUACAGUUGUCCAGUGUUGUUGAUCGCGUGGCCCACUGGAGCCGCUUAUUCUUGUUUUUAGCUGAUCGGAGUGGAACCCGGUAUGGUCGCAGCAAUAGCCAUUCUGUGACAAAGAUUGAUGAGUUGUGCGCUCUGAGAUGCCGUUCUGCACACCACUGUUGUACUUCGCCGUUAAUUGUCUGUUUGUGGCCCGCCUUUUAGCUUGCACGAUUCUUGCCAUUCUCCUUCAACAAGCUGUUUUCAUCAACAGGACUGCCGCUGACUGGAUGUUUUUUGUUUGUCAUACCAUUCUCAGUAAACCCUAGACACUGUUGUGCCUGAAAAGCCAAGGAAGGCGGCCCUUUCUGAGAUACUGGAACCGGUGCACCUGGCACCGACGAUCAUACCACGUUCAAAGUCACAGGUCUUGUUUUCCACAUUCUAACGUUCAAUCGAACAGUCACUGAAUGACUCUGCCUGCUUUAUAUAGCAAGCCAUGGCCAUGUGACUCACUGUCUGAAGGAGCAAUCAAUUUUCUUGAAAGGGGUGGUGUACCUAAUAAACUGGUGUGUGUGUGUUUCUGCCAAGACACGCUUUUAAAGGGAUAUUGUGAGAUUUUGGCAAUCAAGUCCUUUUCCUACUUACCCAGAGUCAGAUGAACUCAAGGAUACCAUUUUUGUCUCUGCAUGCAGUUUGAAGGAAGUUUCUAACUAUCGUUAGCGCAAUUGCUAACUAGCUUAAGCACAAUGACUGGAAGUCAAUAGUCAUCCAGUCAUUGCGCUAAUGCUAGUUAGCAAUGGCUCACGAAACUACCUUCCAACAGCAUGCUAGCUGUUACCAUAGUCUUCCAGUCAUUGCGCUAACGCUAGUUAGCAAUGGCUCACAAAACUACUUUCAACUUCAUUCAAACUGCACACAGAGACAUAAAAAGGGAAUCCAUGAGUUCAUCAGACUCUGGUUAAGUAGAAAAAUUGCUUGAUUGCCAAAAUCUCUAAAUAUCCCUUUAAGAUCAAAGUUAAAAGUUACAAUGUAUAUUUGUAGCAAACCGAGAGAGCAGUGGCACGAAUGAGCCACGAGUGCACAGCCACCACUUGCUCUUCAUCUCCCCACAGCGCACCAGUUAUAUAUAUUUAAGUUGGUGUCAACAUUAUUUUAUUUUCAUGCAUUUUGGAGUAGAAUGUCAUUUUAAAAAGUCACCAGAAGUGAUCUUCUCACAGUCAUUUUAUAAAAAUAAUCUCUCGGGGGCAAGAGGGAGACAGCAUUUAAGAGGGGCACGAGGUCAGUGGUUUGGAUAUCACCAGCCUUCCCUUUGGUCCAUUGUUUGACAUUCCACACUGUUGCCCAUUGUGAUUCUCUCUCUCUCUGUUGUGCCAAGUGUAGCUAAGUGCUAUCCUGGUCCCUGAUCUGCUUGUGUUGUCUUGCCAGUUGGCAGUUGCAACUUAGCUAUAGCCUUGUCCCCAACUGGCAAGAUCUGGGACCAGGCUAUAAUGAAGCACUCAGCUCUGUUGCAUAAUACAUUAACCCAAAUGCUCCAAAUGCCAUCUCUCUAAUGUCUUAAUCUGUCUUUGUUGUUGUUGACAUUUGCUUGUAUACCCGUCCCCAGGCAUCCUUCCCCCCUUUCUGUCCAUCCUGCUGUGGGUGGCGUUGGUGGUGUGUACCACCAUGCUCUUCAUCCUUCCCAAACCAGGGAGUGUCCGGCCCUUCCUGGUCUCUGUCAUACUGCGCUCUAUCUACACACUGGGCCUCGGCCCCACCCUGUUGCUACUGGGGGCCGCCAACGUAAGUACAGUAGAGUUACCGAGGGCACAGGGGGCAAAAAUAUCCUUGAUGUUAGAGAGGCGGGCAGUGUACUAGGUUCGAAUCCCAGGGCAGACGGGGUAAAUCUGGUGGCAGUGACCCGGCAGCCGGAGGUUUGCUAGCAUCAAUAUCCCAUGUGCUACCUACCUACUGCCGGUGUGCCCAUGAGCAAGACACUUAACGCCAACCCCUUAACCCAAACCCCUCUACAGCUGUGAUGCUCCCGGUUUUGGCACUGUUACAGCAGGAAAUAAGAAUUCCUUUUAAUGGAUUAUAUUAUAGAGGUUUUAUUAUUCCCAAGAGGCAAUUUGUUUGCAAAAUGUACAGCAAAGUCAAAUAUAUUUUUAAGUAAAUGUACAGUGUACUAGGCUUGGGUGGUAUCCAGAUUAUCAUACCUUCAUACCGACCUUGUGCCAUACUGGGAUAUUUGGUAGUGAACACAACGGGCGCUGUUUUCAAACCCCACUGAUGCUCCCGAGUGGCGCAACGGUCAAAGGCACUGCAUCUCAGUGCUUGAGGCGUCACUACAGACCCCCUGGUUCGAUUCCAGGCUGUAUCACAACCGGCCGUGAUUGGGAGUCCGGCACACAAUUGGCCCAGCGUCGUCCGGGUUUGGCUGGUAUAGGCCUUCAUUGUAAAGAAUAAUUUGUUCUUAACUGACUUGCCUAGUUAAAUAAAGGUUAAAUAAAAAAUAAAAUACUCUGUAAUCCGAAGGUUAGCAAGUACAUUUAAAAUCCCAUAGAGAAUGCUAACUAAAUGCUGAUGAACACGUUGCGAGCAUUUUGUGCAGUUUCUUACCUAAAGUAUACAAGUAACCCAAAAAUGCUACUCGCAGUUUGCUGCACGCACAAAACAAAUAUUAGCCAGCAAGGCUCUUGAUCCAGGAGGGGAUUCUCUGCUGUUACCAAGCGAAUGGUUGAUUUUGGAAGAAGCUAACCACUUAGCUAGAUAGCUAACUAGCCACUAAAUUAGCAAACCAAAUGCACAACUGCAGAGCAUUUAGCACAUUUUAGACAGUUAACUUAAUAGUUAUAAGUUAUAAGUCAUCUAGCUGGCAAUUCCAUACUGUAAUUAGAUCACCUCGAGCAUGCUGCACAACAUUGAGUGACUCACAAGGCUCCGGUCUCUCUUCGUUGUGCUCGUAAACAAACACCAUGUGACUGGGGACUACUGUAAGCUUCAUAAUAAUGUGAGGUGAAAUGAAGAACGCAAUGUUCUUUAUCUCCUAACGUAUUGCACAAGUUGACUGCAGGUAUUUACUUAAAAAGUAGCUACAAAUAUUCAACAAAGAAAACAAAUAAAUAGUUUCAACGGUAUUGAAAAACCAUCGCUUUUUCCAAAUACCCCUGUAUAUGGUUUACUGCCCAAGCCAACAGUGUACAACUAUUUUCUUGUGAUUUCAGCAUUGUCUUCUAUUGAAGCCAUUGCUCAGUCCUCUCCUCUCUCCUCUCUCCAGCUCCUCAAUAAGAUGGUGUUCCUGGUGAGCUUCGUGGGCAACCAGGGAACGUUCACGCGGGGCUACAAGCCGGUGGUCAUGGACAUGCCCUUCCUCUACCACGUGGGCUAUGUCAUCGUCUGUAUGCUGGGCCUCUUCGUCCACGAGUUCUUCUACAGCUUCCUGGUUAGUGGAAACAAUCUCUCUGUCUGGUCUUCUCUGCAGCACUUCACCAUUAAAUGUAAAGACCAGGCUUGAUAUUAUCCAUUCAAUUCCAUAAAGUGGAUUAAUUGAACUUGAAAGUACUUGAUUAUUAUUCGGAAAACAUAACAUUGGUGUUUGACAUUGACCUUGAUUAAGUCUGGACCUUUCUUGGUGCCGUGAGAUGACGGCAGGUGGUUGUUGUGUGGUUACGUCAUUUAGCUUUGUGGUUUCCUUGUUCCUCCUUGAACCAGGAUUUUCUGACACAGUUGCAGAAAGACUACUUUUGCUAUUGGUGCCAAUCGGAAGCUUUGAUGUAUGGUUCCUCUACAGCUCUCCUAAAGCUGUGUGUGUGUGUGUGUUCAUGUGUGUCUGCGUCUGACUGUGUGUCUGUGCCCCUUAGCUCUUUGACCUGCUGAACCGUGAGGAGACCCUGCUGAACGUGAUCAAGAGUGUGACGCGUAAUGGGCGCUCCAUCGUCCUCACGGCUGUUCUGGCCCUCAUCCUUGUCUACCUCUUCUCCAUCGUGGGCUUCCUCUUCCUCAAGGACGACUUCCGCAUGGACGUGCAACGUCUGUCAGGUCGGUGCCCAUAGACGCCCUCUCUUCUUCAUCCCAGAACCCUAUACUCUAUCCUAGACACUGAGGAACAUCCUUUGUUUCCUGUAGUCCUCGAUCAGCUCCUCGCCUGGCUGACGUUGAGGGAGAAGUUGUUGUCCUGGUACCUCACUGCCUGGUCUCUGACCACCUCCCUAUAGGCUGCCUCAUAGUCAUCGGUGAUCAGUCCUACCACCAUUCUGUCGUCUGCAAUCUUAAUGAUGGUGUUGAAGUCGUGCACUGCCACGCAGUCGUGGGUGAACAGGGAGUACAGGAGAGGACUAAGCACACAACCCUGAGGGGCCCCUGUGUUGAUGGUCAGCGUGGUGGGUGUGUUGUUGUCUACCCUCACCGCCUAGGGGCGGCCCGUCAGGAGGUCCAGAAUCCAGUUGCAGAGGGAGGUGUUCAGUCCAAGGGUCCCCAGCUUGGUGAUGAGCUUGGAGGGGACUAUGGUGUUGAAUGAUGAGCUGUAGUCAAUGAACAGCAUUCUUACAAAGAUGUUCCUUUUGUCCCGGUGGGCAGUGGGUGAGGGCAGUGUGGAGUGCAAUAGAGAUUUCAUCAUCUGUGGAUCUAUUGGGUGGUAUGCGAAUUGGAGUAGGUUCAGGGUGUCUGGGAUGAUGGUUUUGAUGUGCGCUAUGACCAGCCUUUCAAAGCAUUUCAUGGCUAUAGAUGUGUGCUGUGGGGGCGAUAGUCAUUUGGGCAGGUUACCUUGGCAUCUCUGCCCAUUUACUCUGCUCAGUCGCCCUCUCAGUUCCCCCGCAGAACCCCACCCUCCUCAGCCUGUCCUGCUGAUCGCUGAUCUAGUCACUGCUCAAUUAGAAGGUCCAUGAUCUCUGAUGUUGCCCCCAAACUCAUAAAGCUAUGAGAUGUCAGUGAUUUGAGGUGUCAGCACUCCUUUUACACUAGACUGAGGCCCCAUAGUCUUCCCAUUCGGCCUACCCUGCCCCCAUCCACACCUAACUGGCCCCCUUCAAUACUGACUGGCUGACUGGCCUCAGUCAUAUUCAGGUAAAUUCUGUGUCCCUCGGUUUUGAGAAAUUCCUUAUACAGCCAGUAUACAACCUGUCCACAAAUUAAUAAAAGACGUCCUAAUGACGUCAGUGCAAUCCUUUUUGCCCACUGUGUAGUUAUCACCAGGUGGUAGUUAUCACCGGGCAGUACUGCAUGAGACUGAUCAAUUCAAAUCAACUCAAAUGUUAUUUGUCACAAAUACAAAUGUUUAGCAGAUGUUAUUGCGGGAGUAGCGAAAUGCUUGUGUUUCUAGCUCCAACAGUGCACUAAUAUCUAACAAUUCACAACAAUACACACAACCUAAAAGUAAAAUAAUGGAAUUAAGGAAUAUAUAAAUAUUAGGUUGAGCAAUGUCGGAGUGGCAUAGACUAAAAUACAGUAGAAUAGAAUACAGUAUAUACAAAGUGACUAGAGUGACUAGUGUUCAUUAUUAAAGUGGCCAUUGAUUUCAAGUCUAUGUACAGUGGGGAGAACAAGUAUUUGAUACACUGCCGAUUUUGCAAGUUUUCCUACUUACAAAGCAUGUAGAGGUCUGUAAUUUUUAUCAUAGGUACACUUCAACUGUGAGAGACGGAAUCUAAAACAAAAAUCCAGAAAAUCACAUUGUAUGAUUUUUAAGUAAUUAAUUUGCAUUUUAUUGCAUGACAUAAGUAUUUGAUCACCUACCAACCAGUAAGAAUUCCGGCUAUCACAGACCUGUUAGCUUUUCUUUAAGAAGCCCUCCUGUUCUCCACUCAUUACCUGUAUUAACUGCACCUGUUUGAACUCGUUACCUGUAUAAAAGACACUUGUCCACACACUCAAUCAAACAGACUCCAACCUCUCCACAAUGGCCAAGAUCAGAGAGCUGUGUAAGGACAUCAGGGAUAAAAUUGUAGACCUGCACAAGGCUGGGAUGGGCUACAGGACAAUAGGCAAGCAGCUUGGUGAGAAGGCAACAACUGUUGACGCAAUUAUUAGAAAAUGUAAGAAGUUCAAGAUGACGGUCAAUCACCCUCGGUCUGGGGCUCCAUGCAAGAUCUCACCUCGUGGGGCAUCAAUGAUCAUGAGGAAGGUGAGGGAUCAGCCCAGAACUACACGGCAGGACCUGGUCAAUGACCUGAAGAGAGCUGGGACUACAGUCUCAAAGAAAACCAUUAGUAACACACUACGCCGUCAUGGAUUAAAAUCCUGCAGCGCACGCAAGGUCCCCCUGCUCAAGCCAGCGCAUGUCCAGGCCCGUCUGAAGUUUGCCAAUGACCAUCUGGAUGAUCCAGAGGAGGAAUGGGAGAAGGUCUGAUGAGACAAAAAUUGAGCUUUUUGGUCUAAACUCCACUCGCCGUGUUUGGAGGAAGAAGAAGGAUGAGUACAACCCCAAGAACACCAUCCCAACCGUGAAGCAUAGAGGUGGAAACAUCAUUCUUUGGGGAUGCUUUUCUGAAAAGGGGACAGGACGACUGCACCAUAUUGAGGGGAGGAUGGAUGGGGCCAUGUAUCGCGAGAUCUUGGCCAACAACCUCCUUCCCUCAGUAAGAGCAUUGAAGAUGGGUCGUGGCUGGAUCUUCCAGCAUGACAACGACCCGAAACACACAGCCAGGGCAACUAAGGAGUGGCUCCGUAAGAAGCAUCUCAAGGUCCUGGAGUGGCCUAGCCAGUCUCCAGACCUGAACCCAAUAGAAAAUCUUUGGAGGGAGCUGAAAGUCCGUAUUGCCCAGCGACAGCCCCAAAACCUGAAGGAUCUGGAGAAGGUCUGUAUGGAGGAGUGGGCCAAAAUCGCUGCUGCAGUGUGUGCAAACCUGGUCAAGACCUACAGGAAACGUAUGAUCUCUGUAAUUGCAAUGAAAGGUUUCUGUACCAAAUAUUAAGUUCUGCUUUUCUGAUGUAUCAAAUACUUAUGUCAUGCAAUAAAAUGCAAAUUAAUUACUUAAAAAUCAUACAAUGUGAUUUCUGGAUUUUUGUUUUGCAUUCCGUCUCUCACAGUUGAAGUGUACGUAUGAUAAAAAUUACAGACCUCUACAUGCUUUGUAAGUAGGAAAACCUGCAAAAUCGGCAGUGUAUCAAAUACUUGUUCUCCCCACUGUAUAUGGGGCAGCAGCCUCUAAGAUGCAGGGUUAUGUAAUCGGAUGGAAGCCGCCUAGUGAUGGCUAUUUAACAGUCUGAUGGCCUUGAGAUAGAAGCUGUUUUUCAGUCUCUCAGUCCCAGCUUUGAUGCACUUGUACUGACCUCGCCUUCUGGAUGAUAGCGGGUUGAACAGGCAGUGGCUCAGGUGGUUGUUGUCCUUGAUGAUCUUUUUGGCCUUCUUGUGACAUCGGGUGCUGUAGGUGCCCUGGAGGGCAGGUAAUUUGCUCCCGGUGAUGCGUUGGGCAGACCGCACCACCCACUAGAGAGCCCUGUGGUUGCGGGCGGUGCAGUUGCCGUACCAGGCAGUGAUACAGCCCGACAGUAUGCUCUCAAUUGUGCAUCUGUAAAAGUUUGUGAGGGUUUUAGGUACCAAGCCACAUUUCUUCAGCCUCCUGAGGUUGAAGAGGCACUGUUGGGAUGUGUACACCAAGGAACUUGAUGCUUUCCACCUGCUCCACAGCGGUCACGUCGAUGUGGAUAGGGCCGUGUUCCCUCCGUUGUAUCCUGAAGUCCACGAUCAUCUCCUUUGUUUUGUUUUAUUUUCCUGGCAUCACACUCCCAAGGCUGUCACCUCCUCUCUGUAGGCUGUCUCGUCAUUGUUGGUAAUCAGGCCUACUACUGUGUGUCGUCUGCAAACUUGAUGAUUGAGUUGGAGGCGUGCGUGGCCACGCAGUCAUGGGUGAACAGGGAGUACAGGAGUGGGCUGAGCACACACCCUUGUGGGGCCCCUGUGUUGAGGAUCAGCGAAGUGGAAGUGUUGUUUCCAACCUUCACCACCUGGGAGCGGCCUGUCAGGAAGUCCAGGACCCAGUUGUACAGGGCGGGGUUCAGACCCAGGGAGCCAAGCUUAAUGAUGAGCUUGGAGGGUACUAUGGUGUUGAAUGCUGAGCUAUAGUCAAUGAACAGCAUUCUUACAUAGGUAUUCCUCUUGUCCAGAUGGGAUAGGGCAGUGCGAUGGCGUCGUCUGUGGAUCUAUUGGGGCGGUAAGCAAAUUAAAGUGGGUCUAGGGUGUCAGGUAAAGUAGAGGUUAUAUGAUCCUUAACUAGCCUCUCAAAACACUUCAUGAUGACAGAAAUGAGUGCUGGUUCCUUUCAUCAUUACCCGCUGUUCUCGCUUCACAGACUCUCUGCUUAUCAAUAGUGAAAUAGGGCUGGAGAGUAAACAGAAUAGAUUUUAGUGUUGUCAGAUGGAACUGACAGGAAUAUAGACUUUGAGCAGUAGGAUGGACUUUUUGCUUUGUGUCACAACAGCUAUGUGUAAUGACUAGUAAACACUAUUUUACUAAACAUUGUUUACAAGACUAUAGAUUUAAGAUAAACCUCUGUCUCGGUUCACUGACUGUGUGUGCGUGCACGCUUAUACGUUCAUGCAUCUGUGCGUGGAACAUUAAUAGCCUGUGUCGUUGCACACUUCCCCAUUAGGCAAUGUGUGUGAGCUUUCCAGAGCGGGAGUGCAUGCAUACAAGAGUGUGGGCGUCCUCUUGCACAGCAUUCGGGCAGUCAGGGAGAGACAACUUGCCAGCACAUGUGCACCUGUUGCAUAAUCUGGCGCGGUGGCCAUGCAGCGCAGCACAGAGCGGCGCUCUUAUGUAACCGGCUGGGCUGGGGUGUGUUUUUAUUGUUCUGUCUGCUAGUUUUAAAAAAAAUCCCAUUGCAAAAUAAUGCUUUUUAGCCUUCAUUGGUUGAAAUACCAGUCGAUGCAGCGUGAGAGCUGCUGAUACAGCGUGAGAGCUGCUGAUAGUGUGAGAGCUGCCGAUACAGCGUGAGAGCUGCCGAUACAGCGUGAGAGCUGCCGAUACAGCGUGAGAGCUGCUGAUACAGCGUGAGAGCUGCUGAUAGUGUGAGAGCUGCUGAUACAGCGUGAGAGCUGCUGAUAGUGUGAGAGCUGCCGAUACAGCGUGAGAGCUGCCGAUACAGCGUGAGAGCUGCCGAUACAGCGUGAGAGCUGCUGAUACAGCGUGAGAGCUGCUGAUAGUGUGAGAGCUGCCGAUACAGCGUGAGAGCUGCCGAUACAGCGUGAGAGCUGCCGAUACAGCGUGAGAGCUGCCGAUACAGCUGCUGCUGUAGUGAAACGUGCUUUAAUAAGACCAAUCAUUGCGCAACAAUUCUAAAGGCAAUUGCAUAAAAAAAAACAAUGGCCACGAUUUAAAAUGACUUUUUAUUUCUCAGCUGGUAAUUGAAGUGUGCUUCCCGUUUGCCAUUCAAGUGCAUAGGUAACUAGGCAGGCUACACCGCGUCACACACCACUUUGCAACGAGCUGGAGGCAGUAUGCGUUUUGAAAACAUAUCCUUACUUGUUUGAAACCUGAGCGUCUUGCUACAUAUUGUGAGGCAUGUCUUACCUUGCUUCAAAGUAGCCUAGGCAAAAUCCAACCAAACGUUCAGGCAGUUAUUUUAUAAAGACUUCCAUAUGGCAUUGAAACCAAUAGCCUUUUUCUCUCAUGUUCUAUUGGUUUUCAAAUCAACUUUCUUUCAUUGUCCAGUAGCCAAAGGCACAAUCCAUGCUAGUUAGAUUAGCAACCCAUGCUAGUUGUUGCGUAUUAAAAUCUCCCCUCUUUCUAAAUUUCACAAUGGUGUUUUCCCACUAAUUGCGUUAUGGAACUAACAUUCGCACGUAGCCUACUGCCUUGUGCAUUGCUGCGCUUAUAAUUGGCUGUAGCCUAGGCCUACUGGUUGGAUCUAUCAUCCCACAACUGUCUGUUUGGAAUAGGCUAUUUCUUUCUUGCACCAAACGACAAGCUGACCAAUAGAAUAGGUCAACUUUUCUACUUUGGGGGAUAGUAGAUUGACAUAGGCUAUUGAUGUUGCUGUUCGUUACUCGUCUUGUUGGCUGAGGAAAAGUAAAUGUGGGCAGUUAUUCUAACAUAGGCGGCGUGUGGGUUUCAAGUUUGGCUAAGCUCAUUUUCACCAUAAAAAUGCAAGUUUAUAAUGGCAGGCAUUCCAUGCAUCCUCGCAUUUGCAGACUUAUGUAAGAUAGUCUACUAUUCCUAAUGUGAUGAUUAAAUUGGAUAGUCGUAGUGGCUUAGGGUAGGCCUAGGCUAUAUCAGAUAGCCUUAAUUUCUUCUCCUUUUUUUUGCAGAGGAAAAUGUUGGCCUUUUAUAAACACAUUUCAUACAAUUCUACUACACUUUAUAUGACUGGAGACAUUAGCAGAAUAUUUCUUAAUACGACAAAAAUGACAGGGUAGCCUACUCUUCUGACACUGACAAACAGAUCAAUAAAAACGACGUUGUCUUAUCUGUAUAUUAGGACUACGAAAAGGGAAGACACAUACAAUAUGACGUCCAUAUAACCUGGAGGAGGAAAUUAUUGUCCAAAAACAAACAAAAGUGGCACAGAUCCAAAGAUAAAGACAGUGAAUAUGCGCACUCACCAGGGAUAUGGCCGAUGUUCUCCGCUGGUGCCAGCCAAUAAGAUACUACUUUUCGCUCAAUUAAGUUAAGAAUCUUGAUAAUUAAAAUACAGAUUGGAGUCCAAACUGUUUUUUCGAGAUUUGUAUUUUUAAAUAUUGCGAUAUGCCUGGCUCUCUGCUUUUCACUGAGUCGUAACUCAACAAUCAUCUAUUUGGUUUUUGCCGCAAGCUCUGCUAAAAUGGUGGUCCUCUGUAGCUCAGCUGGUAGAGCACGGCGCUUGUAACGCUUGUAACGCCAAGGUAGUGGGUUCGAUCCCCGGGAUCACCCAUACACAAAAAUGUAUGCACGCAUGACUGUAAGUCGCUUUGGAUAAAAGCGUCUGCUAAAUGGCUUAUUAUUAUUAUUAUUAUUAUUAUUAUUAAAAUUGUGGGCCCUUCUGACUAUAGUCUAUGCGAGUUAAAACAAUCCACAGGUUUUUUUGUUAAGCUAAUGCUCCUGUGUGGCCAACUCAUGCUUUCUGGUGUAGUAGCCUAUUUUGACUGAUUUGAUUUAUUUCUAUAUAGACAGGAGUAAGCUAAUUAGGCUAUAUAAUUUUGGCAAUUUAAUUUCAUUUACUUAAGGGAAAGCUUCCCCUAGCCUUAUGGAGGAGCCACCUAUGUAUUCUAACACCUUCAAAUUGCUUAUCGAAAUUCAUUAAGAAUGAUGCAAGCCGUUGCAUCCGAGUUGUAUGUUCUGUUAAGGAGCAUUACCAUAAACUAAAUGUGAUUUCUGUCAUUUUGAGAACCGUGGGUGGACGCCCUAAUCAGGUUACGCAACCAAUGCAUAUGGGUCCGGUAAAUUCAAAUGCUACCGGUCAAAUGUCCGGCGCCACAUUUUCCUAAUGGAAACCCUGCGCUGCCAGUAUUGGUUCGAAUCCGGUCCACUGCUCUUUCAGCACUUUCAGACCAUAGCUAGUUGAGGCAGUUCUCAGUCCUUAGUGUUCAGUAAUCCUGGAGAGGGAGAAAGUGGAUGACUCAUCUAUGUUCUCUAGUCCAGUGUGUGUCUAUGGAUCACCUGCACUACAGGGGCCUCUACACGUGACCUCACCGGCUCCUCUCUAUCUCUAUCCCUCCUUUUCUGGCUAUUUUCUCACCCUCUCAAUCUCUCUCUCGCUGUUUUCGUUACAACCCUCCUCCCCUCUUUUCUUUAUAUUUUUUUCUGUCACGUAGAGGAGUCACAUCAUCCCAUGUUUCAGUGUUCCAACUCUUUCAUCCAGUGUUGUGAGCACAAGCUUUUGUUGAAGUCCCACAUCUACUAUUGUGAGGGGAUUUCAACCUGAAUCCGAUAUAGACGUACUGGUAAAGAAAUUGCCUGGAUGUUUUUGAAUUGUCACUUUCCACUCAUUGUCAGGUAGAUUUAAGACAUUGCCACCUUUUGAUGUGUACAUCUAUCAUUAGUUACGUAACGCACAGUAUUGAAUAGCAGGAGAGGGAAAUGGCCUGCUCUGCUGCGUCUCACACACACACUCUCCACAUAUGUAUGUUGUUUUGAUGUGUGUGUCCAGUGAUGGCGGGGGAGGACGAUGGAACAGAGCGUGUGUGUGACACUCUGCUGAUGUGUAUCGUGACGGUGCUGAACCAGGGCCUGAGGAACGGAGGGGGAGUGGGAGACGUGCUGAGGAAGCCCUCCAAAGACGUAAGUGACCUGGUCCAAUCAAUCAAUCAGUUGAUCAAUGAACCAGUCAGUCAGUAAUUGAUGGAUGGGGGGGGGGGGGGGGGGGGGGGGUGAAUAUACUUUUUUUUUUUAACAAAAAAUAUAGAAAACAAAAGGCUAACUCUUUUUCAUUAUGAUGCUGGUGGUGAUGAUUAUAAUUAUAAUGAUGGUAUUAAUUGGGAUGACGAUGAUGAUGUGGAUAGUGAUGAUACUUUGAUGCUGAGGAUCACUCUCUCAUUGUUCCUCGCCGGUCCACUCGUUACCCAGGAUCCUCUGUUUGUGGCCCGUGUGGUGUAUGACCUGCUGUUCUUCUUCAUCGUCAUCAUCAUCGUCCUCAACCUUAUCUUCGGCGUCAUCAUCGAUACGUUCGCCGACCUGAGGAGCGAGAAGCAGAGGAAGGAGGAGAUACUGAAGACCACCUGCUUCAUCUGUGGUGGGUUCACAGCCCUACACAGCACUACAUAACUCUAUGUAGCACUACAUAGAACACUACAGAGCACCACAUAACACUACACAGCACUACAUAGCACUACAUAAUAGUACAUGGAACUACAUAGCAGGAAAAUACAGUGGGGAGAACAAGUAUUUGAUACACUGCUGAUUUUGCAGGUUUUCCUACUUACAAAGCAUGUAGAGGUCUGUCAUUUUUAUCAUAGGUACACUUCAACUGUGAGAGAAUCCAGAAAAUCAGAAAAUCACAUUGUAUGAUUUUUAAGUAAUUCAUGUGCAUUGUAUUGCAUGACAUAAGUAUUUGAUACAUCAGAAAAGCAGAACUUAAUAUUUGGUACAGAAACCUUUGUUUGCAAUUACAGAGAUCAUACGUUUCCUGUAGGUCUUGACCAGGUUUGCACACACUGCAGCAGGGAAUUUGGCCCACUCCUCCAUACAGACCUUCUCCAGAUCCUUCAGGUUUCGGGGCUGUCGCUGGGCAAUACGGACUUUCAGCUCCCUCCAAAGAUUUUCUAUUGGGUUCAGGUCUGGAGACUGGCUAGGCCACUCCAGGACCUUGAGAUGCUUCUUACGGAGCCACUCCUUAGUUGCCCUGGCUGUGUGUUUCGGGUCGUUGUCAUGCUGGAAGAUCAUGCCACGACCCAUCUUCAAUGCUCUUACUGAGGGAAGGAGGUUGUUGGCCAAGAUCUCGCGAUACAUGGCCACAUCCAUCGUCCCCUCAAUACGGUGCAGUCAUCCUGUCCCCUUUGCAUAAAAGCAUCCCCAAAGAAUGAUGUUUCCACCUCCAUGCUUCACGGUUGGGAUGGUGUUCUUGGGGUAGUACUCAUCCUUCUUCUUCCUCCAAACACGGCGAGUGGAGUUUAGACCAAAAAUCUCUAUUUUUAUCUCAUCAGACCACAUGACCUUCUCCCAUUCCUCCUCUGGAUCAUCCAGAUGGUCAUUGGCAAACUUCAGAAGGGCCUAGACAUGCGCUGGCUUGAGCAGGGGGACCUGCAGGAUUUUAAUCCAUGACGGCGUAGUGUGUUACUAAUGGUUUUCUUUGAGACUGUGGUCCCAGCUCUCUUCAGGUCAUUGACCAGGUCCUGCCGUGUAGUUCUGGGCUGAUCCUUCACCUUCCUCAUGAUCAUUGAUGCCCCACGAGGUGAGAUCUUGCAUGGAGCCCCAGACCGAGGGUGAUUGACCGUCAUCUUGAACUUCUUCCAUUUUCUAAUAAUUGCGCCAACAGUUGUUGCCUUCUCACCAAGCUGCUUGCCUAUUGUCCUGUUGCCCAUCCCAGCCUUGUGCAGGUCUACAAUUUUAUCCCUGAUGUCCUUACACAGCUCUCUGGUCUUGGCCAUUGUGGAGAGGUUGGAGUCUGUUUGAUUGAGUGUGUGGACAGGUGUCUUUUUAUACAGGUAACAGGUUAAAAAAGGUGCAGUUAAUACAGGUAAUGAGUGGAGGACAGGAGGGCUUCUUAAAGAAAAACUAACAGGUCUGUGAGAGCCGGAAUUCUUACUGGUUGGUAGGUGAUCAAAUACUUAUGUCAUGCAAUAAAAUGCAAAUAAAUUACUUAAAAAUCAUACAAUGUGAUUUUCUGGAUUUUUGUUUUAGAUUCCGUCUCUCACAGUUGAAGUGUACCUAUGAUAAAAAUGACAGACCUCUACAUGCUUUGUAAGUAGGAAAACCUGCAAAAUCAGCAGUGUAUCAAAUACUUGUUCUCCCCACUACAUAUUGUACAAUUCUGUCGCAUUAUUUGUUACCCUUCAGCGCGAAAUAUGUGUGGGUAUUUGUAUCGUCCUGAUGCAAAUUCAGUAAAUGGCGACGUUCUACGGUACAUUUCUUGCAACUUUAAUAGCAAUACUCACUCUACUGUCUUGCAAUGUUAGAAUGAAAUCAAAUUUUAUUUUGUGCUUGCUGCCUGUACAUAUCGAACAAUACUAUGAAGUAUGUGCUGUAGAUAUACAACAAGACAGUAUAGAGAGUAGGGGUGUGACGAUCUCCUCAUACUUGUAUUCAUAAUCGGAUCCGUUUUAUCACACUUAAUACUCGCACUUGGAUUUACUCGUGAUGGGAAAAUCCGGAAGUGCGUUUUAAAGCCUAUACCUCAAGUGCGCAUUACUGCGCUAUCACUCAGAGAGCAUUGUUAUGUUCCUUCGCUCAUUCACACACAUUAUUAAACAACCCCGACAAGUGAAAAUGCACAUGAUUAACUUACUUAUUCCUAUUCAAUGAUCAAUGAAAUAGGCUAAUAUGUAUAGCCUAAUGCAUGGCUGGCUACUACUGCCUGCAUUUAUUCUAGACACAGAUUUAGAUGAAUGUAGGCUAACGUGCCCCAUAUCAAAUCAAAUCAAAUCAAAUUUUAUUGGUCACAUGCGCCGAAUACAACAGGUGCAGACAUUACAGUGAAAUGUUUACUUAACCAACAGUGCAUUUAUUUUUUACAAAAAAAGUAAAAAUAAAACAACAACAAAAAAAGUGUUGAGAGAAAAAAGAGCAGAAGUAAAAUAAAGUGACAGUAGGGAGGCUAUAUAUACAGGGGGGUACCGUUGCAGAGUCAAUGUGCGGGGGCACCGGCUAGUUGAGGUAGUUGAGGUAAUGACCAUAUAUUGUUUCACUUUUGUGAGGAGCAAAACUUUUCUCUCCCGACACUUAUGCCACAACAUUUGUACAAUCAAAAUAAACUAUCUACAUUUGUCAUUUUAUUUUGUAAUGAUCUGUCGCUCUGUAAAAAUGCCUGGGCGAGAAUAAAUAAUAGCCGCCCGUUUCUUUACAGACAGAAUAAUUACCCAAUAGUUGUUUAGAGCACACAGCACUUCACACUGUUUGAGCUGUCAGCUGAAAAUUUACUUUUUUCAAAUCACGGAUAAUUACAAAAAAUACUUGACAUAAUUGUAUUCGGAAAGUUCUCCAUAUCCGUUACGAUACUUGUUUUGUCCGAGUACUCAGCACACCCCUAAUAGAGAGGCUCUAAAAUAUAAUUAAGAAUGCCAAAGAAACUGCAGGAUAUAACAAAGGUAAAGUGAAUUGGUGUAUCAGUGUAUAAGUACUGUUUCUCCUCGUUCAGGGUUGGAGAGGGAUAAGUUUGACAACAAGACGGUGUCCUUUGAGGAGCACAUCACGUCGGAACACAACAUGUGGCACUACCUGUACUUCCUGGUUCUGGUGAGGGUGAAGGACCCCACGGAGUACACCGGCCCAGAGAGCUACGUGGCCCAGAUGAUCAAGGUGGGUACUUAGUUAGCUACCUCCUCCAUGCUCUACACAGGUCUUCACCUCAACACCUCUGUGUUGCAUGAUAGAACGGUGUGUCUAUUUUAUCACCAAGGUACUGGUGAUGCAA